UAUUUUUGUAAUCACGUGACCGUCACCACACAAUGUAAACAUUUGCGCCAAGUGAGUGACCUCGUAUUGUCGAGUUACUCCAUCUCUCUAUCGUCUAUUAACUCGUUUAAUAAAUAUACGUUAGUUUUGACCCAGACGAUCGUCUGCAGGCUCUGAAUAGUGUUAGAGAUCGUAGUGAUAAUGUUAUAUUAAAUAGCAUAGCUAGUAAUUACAAACUAUAUUCACUAGUUAAGAAUGUCCAGCACAAUUAACUUUAUUAAAGCUGAAUUUUAUAUGUUUUCAAUAAUUUUAACGAUAGGCUUAUUACACACGAUGAAGUUUUGAUUUUUCUACGCUCCCUCGUGCAGUUUAGAAAAAUCUGUACACAAUUUAUCUUAAUUAUUAUUUUUAAAUCUCCUCUCGUCCGGUGCGGUAUUGUACUAUAUUAGAACAGUAAAUUCCAUCCGCCUGCGUCGUGACAACGUUAAUUAUUAAGUACCUAUUAUUUAAAUAAAACAUUACAAAAUAAUAUUUUCUUGUUGAUUUUAAAUCGUGUUUUACAAUGUGCAAAAUGUUUAAAUUUCGCGCCCAAACUGCAAUUAUUGGCAACUGACAAUUGACAGCUCAAUCUGUGACUUCCAUGUCGACCGACUUUAAUUACGUACCGAGCGCUGUCACUCGUUUUGUUAGUUUAUUAAUUUCACUGAUAGACGUUAAAGUAAACAAACAAAAAUAUACAUUCAGUGUGCGACUGUGGUCAGCGGCGAGAGCGCGUCGGCCGCAGCUUUCGUUAUUCACAGAUCCUUUCGGAACGAGAGCAGUUUUUAAAGAGUCAGUUUACAUCGAAAUGCGCCUGAUAAUCUUAGAGGACGCGUCGGUGGUGGCGGAUUGGGCGGCACGGUUCGUGAUGCAGCGCAUCAAGGAAUUCGCUCCCGGCCCGGGACGGCGCUUCGUGCUGGGGCUGCCCACGGGCGGCACUCCCCUCGGGAUGUACCGACGCCUGAUCGACUUCUAUCGCGAAGGCCGUCUCUCCUUCGAGCACGUGACCACCUUCAACAUGGACGAGUACGUGGGGCUGCCGCGCGACCACCCCGAAUCCUACCACCACUACAUGUACAACGAGUUCUUCAAGCACGUGGACAUAGCGCCGGAGCACGCGCACGUGCUGGACGGCAACGCGUCCGACUUGGCGGCCGAGUGCGCGCGCUUCGAGCGCCUCAUCAAAGAGGCGGGCGGCGUGCACCUGUUCGUGGGCGGCAUCGGGCCCGACGGGCACAUCGCCUUCAACGAGCCCGGCUCCUCUCUCGUGUCGCGCACGCGCGUCAAGACGCUCGCCUACGACACGCUCGAGGCCAACAAGCGCUUCUUCGACAACGACAUCUCCAAGGUGCCCUCGAAGGCGCUCACGGUGGGCGUCGGCACGGUGAUGGACGCGAAGGAGGUGAUGAUCCUGAUCACGGGCGCUCACAAGGCGCCGGCGCUGUCCAAGGCCAUCGAGGAGGGCGUCAACCACAUGUGGACCGUGUCCGCCUUCCAGCAGCACCCGCAGGCGCUCUUCGUGUGCGACGAGGACGCCACGCUCGAGCUGCGCGUCAAGACGGUCAAGUAUUUCAAGGCGCUGAGCGAGGAGCACCAGAAGAUGAUCGAAGAGGUGCCGGUGGAGGCGCAGCAGGUCAUCCAUUGACGCCGUCACUCCCUUCGCGCCGCGCUCCGGACGACCUUUAAGUUUAUCCUUUAUCAUCACUGCGAGGUAACGGUGGCCUGUGGUUGCAGAGUCUGAUGGCGGAGCACAACAAGCUGAUCGCGGGCACGCGGUGACCUGCGCCGGCGCAACUCUACGCUCGUCAUACUUUUUAUAUUUUUGCAUAAAUGUAUUUUUACGUA